AUGUCGGAGAAGAAGCCACGAGCCUCAGACACUCGUCCCAAGUCAGGCCUCCGCAGCUGGAGCGCAGACAGUUAUAUCUGGCGGCCAAAGAAACGCUCCCGGAGCUCCCGGAGCGGUGGGUUGAGUCCCGGGGGGCUCGAGGCGGAGGGGGCCGAGGAGCUGGGCGUGCGGUCCACUUCCUGUCCAAGGCGCCGGAGAGAGAGGAAGUGUAGCUGCAGCGCUCUUGGCGACGCAUUGACGUCUGCAGACAUGGAGGUGGUGUGUCGGAAGGCCUUGAGCCGGCGCUCUCUACGGCAGAAGUUCCAGGACGCUGUGGGCCAGUGUUUCCCUCUGCGCUCGCACCAUCACCACCAUCACCACCACCACCAUCCACCAGGCUCCUCUCGACCCUUCUCUGUGCUCUUCAGGUCCAAACGCAAGAUCCACGUCUCGGAGCUCAUGCAGGACAAGUGUCCCUUCUCACCAAAGUCUGAACUGGCCCGAUGCUGGCACCUAAUAAAGAAUCACGCCACCCAACCCGAUUCCCUCAAGGACAUGGAGGCUCCCCUGAGACCCCACGUCUCAUCAUCCUCUACCUCACCCCCACAGACGCCGCUCUCCUGGGAGGAAAUCUGCUGCUCCCCAGGGCCUGGAAGCACCAGUCUGGAGGACUGGGACCCUUCUUGUCCUAAUGGGGGAGCAGAGGGCAGCUGCAGCGGCACUGACGACAUCCUGGUCCCGGAUCUUCUCCAGAUCAACAACAGCCCCUCUUACUGGGGUGUGUUGAACCGCUUCGAGGCCGAGGAGCUCCUGGAGGGCCAGCCGGAGGGAACCUUCCUGCUCCGAGACUCUGCCCAGGACGAGUUCCUCUUCUCUGUCAGCUUCCGUCGCUACAGCCGCUCCCUGCACGCUCGCAUCGAGCAGAACGGCAAGCGCUUCAGUUUUGACGUGCACGACCCGUGCAUGUACCGGGAUCCCAGCGUGACCGGACUGCUGAGACACUACAGCGACCCGGCCACCUGCCUCUUCUUUGAGCCGCUGCUUUCCCGGCCGCUGCUGAGGACUUUUCCUUUCUCCCUGCAGCACCUGUGCAGGGCUGCGAUAUGCAGCAGCACCACAUACCAGGGCGUGAACAGCCUGCCGCUGCCCCCACAGCUCAGGGACUACCUCAGGCAGUACCACAUUAAAUGUGAGGGGGCCUGCGCCUUGUGACGGAGAGAACACGCAUCGUCGUACCAUGGGAGGGAAAGACUGAACAAGACGGAAGGUCCUUUUGACCAAAAAGCUAUCGCCAUUAAGUUCCAACAAGCUUUGCCGUUGCUUUUAGGUCUAAAUGGUGCAGAGCUGGUGCUUUAAAGACGUUUCUACUGCAUCAGGACAUAGAACAACUCAUUGUCUUCUGUCUGUCACAUGCCAGAGAUGUCCCCUCCAGCAUCCCUCGGUACUAAGGGAAGCUUUGAACCUCCUAUUUAGGUUUUCCUCUCACUGCCAUAUUGACACUAACUGGAGCCAAGGUCAUGAGACGCCAGUUGUAAAUCUGCCUUAAUGUCCUAAGUGGAGUAGAAACGCUGAGACAUUAAACUUUAAUCGUCACUUUCAGUCGAAUAUUGACUCUGAUGGAGUUGGAGCACUUUCCCUUUGACGUGUACUCAUGGCUAAUGGCCACUAGAGGAACUGCACCUUUCAAGGCCUCUGGCUGAGGCCGAAUUCAAGUGAUGCUUUGCUGCAGCACCGUCCUGAACCACAACCGAGGGUUAGAGGAACAGAGACUCCAGCUUCAUCCAGUAAUAUGCAAUAUAUCAUACAUUCAUGUGUUGUAGUCUUAUCGUAUACACUCAUCCAUUCAAUAUCAUCACCCACUAAUCCUUAACUUAUCCGUCUGUCAUGUGGAACCCACCUCACACGCUGCCUUCUGCUCUGCGGCCACUUGAUGGCAGCAUAAGUGCACCGAUGAGCGGUUUGGUCACUUUGUCUUUUUCACUUCACAGCUUCAGUCACGGCUGAUAAUUCCUCUGUAAGCUGCCAUUCAAACAUCAGUUGUGAUAAUAAAGAAUUAUCAUUUGAAAACUGUGGAUUAGAGAACAGUUCACUUUAAGCACUAUAUCCUAAAACCACCUGAAUCACUGUGAUGGCCUCUCGUCUCCAAACAUAUAUUGUAUUCAU